AUGCAAGGCUUCCGUCUCUCUCAUGUUCGUCCUGCCGACGUCGCAAGGUUUGUUAUCACCCCUUUCCCAUUUGGUACACUCAAGUGCCGACUAGAUGAUCAGGUCAAGUGUGAUCACCGGAAGCCUAUUUGUACCACCUGCGAGAGAUAUGGGCAACAAUGCAUCUGGCCCGGGAGGAAGAAGAAUAAUCCUCGGAGAGAAAAGACACUCUACGAAAAUGUCACCACAAGGCUAGCUCAGAUAGAGCGCUUGGUCAAAGACCUGCAAGAACAACAGCCGGCCUCACAGGCGCAGACGAGCCACCCUCGGUCGAUGAGCGAGACCUCGUCCAAUGGCGUCUCUACAGAUCAAUCUACCUUUAUGAGGACUUCACCGGCAGUGGUUCCGCCGCAGCCGGAUGCAAACCAGACGUCCCCGUCUAGCACGACCUCAGGGCAGAAGCUGCUCAGCUCCGGCGCUAUGCCCGAAGCUACCAUCGGUGCCGGCGUCGGUGACAGGCGGUUCUCUGGCGUUGCCCGCAGGCUACUGGAACAGAUCAACAGUAUACCGCCGCAGAGGACCCUCACCGAUAUCUCCACUUUCACCGACCACUUCCCAUCUGACUUUGUGGUUGAACAAUGCAUGAAGGACUUUUUCGCUACCCUCAAUCGUUACAUCAAGUUCUUUGAUGAGUCUGAGGUCCGCUCUGCAGUUCAGUCAUACCUACAUGGGCGGCCACCAAGCGCCGUCGGCUGGAAGAUAGCCUUGUAUACCAUCCUCUUGCACCCACAUCGGAAACGGGACUUGCUGCAUGGCACACGAGAGCACGAGCGGUAUCUGCAGAGCGCCAUGGCUCUCAUCCCGACCACCAUGUUGCAAUCACCAUGUCCCAUGGCGAUUGGGGCUCUACUAGCGCUGGUCUCGCAUUUCAUCUUCACCGCUGAAAAUCAUAUUGCUGUCUCGAUUCUGGCUCUGGCGACGCAGUCGAUUCUUCUGGGAGGCUACUACCACGGCAACCACCCUGGCCUCAGCGAGGCAGAAAUCCAGCAUCGUCGUCGGCUCUUCUGGCAAGCCUACAUCUUUGACCAUGACCUGAUGAUAAGGAUCGGCAAGCCACCUUUGAUCACCGACAACUUUCUCCUUGACCUACCAGAAGAGUACCCUCUGGAUUGCUAUGGAUUCUUUUACUAUCCAGACGAUGUGGCCCUUAACUACUUCCGACAGGAGGUCAAGCUGGCGCAGAUCCAAGGCCGCAUUUACUCAAGGCUAUACCUGCACAGCCCAACUUCAGCCGCGGCCCUGGAAGCCGAGAUCGGUCUACUGGAUAGAGAGCUUCAGGAGUGGCGGGAGAGCAUCCCGGAAAUGGUCCGCCCUAUGCAAUCAGGUGCCCCUCUGGAUGACGAUAACCACGCUAGGCUGAUAGCUUUGAGCUCCCUGCACUUCAUCUACUUCCAGUUGGUCGUCGCUGUUCAUUCUGCGGCCCUGAGGACGGCCUUGGAUGGCCAGGACAUGGACUUCCUGCGACCUAGCGUUGCGAUCUGCGUCAACGCUGCCCGUGGAGCCGUGUCGCUCUUGAACUACCACCAUAUCGAUCACCCUUUCACCAUAUACCUCCUUUACCAGGUUGCGUGGAGCGUCGAUAUUCUGUUCAUCAACAUUAUCGAGAACAAGACUUCCGCGAUAGCGACGCAGGACAUUGAGCUCAUCAAACUUGUUCUCUCAUUCUACGAAAGAUACGACGUCAAUCACCAGAAAAUCGCUUCCUAUCACAUUAUCAAGGCUCUACACGAAGUUGGCUUGUCCGUCGUCGUAGAUCCGACAAACACACUUCAGGACCCCCUUGGUGCAGCUCUUAAUGGUCUCAAUUUGACCAUGGAAAGGCCCAAUGUGAAUGCAGAGUACGUGCCUGUCCUCCCUGUUCCUGAUGUGAUAGAGCAGGACAACUGGGAAGGAAUAUCACAUGGCAGCCACAACUGGCUCUCUGCUGGAGUCCUGCAAAUGGUGGAUUGGGGUCUGCCACCGAACUCUCAUCAGAUGAAUGAAAACAAUCUGUGA